AUGACAACCAAUGGAGGAGGAUGGACGGUGAUUCAGAGAAGGAAAGAUGCAAGUGUCGAUUUUUAUCGUGGUUGGUCCGAAUAUAAAGCAGGAUUUGGCACUCUCUCUGGGAAUUUUUGGCUUGGUUUAGACAAAAUACAUCGUUUAACAGAAUCUGGUCAAAACACAUCAAGAAUUAUCCUGAAGUCUGGUGAUGCGAUAGCUUCUGUAAACUAUUCGAUGUUUUCUGUGAGUUCUGAAUCUGAUGGUUAUAAACUGCACGUUGAUGGAUUUUCCACAGAGGGACCAACUAUCAGGUUACGCGGGCCAUUAAGAUCAAAUGGUACAGGUCGUGUAGAAGUAUUCCAUAACGGAAAAUGGGGGACAAUCUGUGACGAUAACUGGGAUAUUAAAGAUGCUGAAGUUGUGUGUCGUCAACUUGGUUAUCAAAAAGCUAACGAGGCCUUGCAAGGAAAGUAUGUUCCCUCUGGCACUGGACCGAUAUGGUUAGACGACGUUCAUUGCACUGGGAAUGAACAAGAACUAACUAAUUGUCCGUCUAAGAACUGGGGAAUUCAUAAUUGUCAACAUUCUGAUGAUGCUGGGGUAAAUUGUUUUGAAAAAGAUCAAACAGUGAGGCUGCAAGGGCCAUUAAGUUUCAUGGGUAUUGGUCGUGUGGAGGUAUUUCAUAACGGAACAUGGGGAACAAUCUGUGACGACGAAUGGGAUAUCAAGGAUGCUCAAGUUGUGUGUCGUCAACUUGGUUAUCAGAAAGCCCUUGCCGCCCUUCAGGGAAAACUUGUUCCUUCUGGUUCAGGGCAGAUAUGGUUAGACAAUGUUGAUUGUUCUGGGUAUGAGCAAAAUCUGGCCAGUUGCUCCCAUAGAGGCUGGGGAGUCCACAACUGUCAUCAUUCUGAAGAUGCUAGAGUAAAAUGCGCUCCAAAAGAUCAAACAGUGAGGCUGCAAGGGCCAUUAAGUUUCAUGGGUAUUGGUCGUGUGGAGGUAUUUCAUUACGGAAAAUGGGGAACAAUCUGUGACGACAAAUGGCAUAUCAAGGAUGCUCAAGUUGUGUGUCGUCAACUUGGUUAUCAGAAAGCCCUUGCGGCCCUUCAGGGAAAACUUGUUCCUUCUGGUUCAGGGAUGAUAUGGUUAGACGAUGUUCGUUGUUCUGGGAAUGAGAAAAAUCUGGUCAGUUGUUCCCAUAGAGGCUGGGGAGUCCAUGACUGUCAUCAUUUUGAAGAUGCUGGAGUGAAAUGUGCUCCAAAAGAAAAUGCUGGAGAUUCAUUGAUUGAUAAUAACGGGGCAAAAUUCAGUACCAAAGAUAGAGAUAACGACAUGUCGAGUGAAUUUAACUGUGCUGUUCUCCACACUGGUGCAUGGUGGUACAGUAACCAUGACAACACAUGCGGAAACUCCAAUCUCAACGGUUUAUUCCCCAGGGCAGGUAUAUCUUCAGGUGGAAUGACAUGGUACAACUGGAACAACAAUCGACGAUCUAUGGCAAAAAGUGAGAUGAAACUCCGGCAGGCUGAUUUGUAG